UUCUCUCUCUAACGACUGUUCUUCUUCUUAUCCCCUCGUCUUCUUCUCUUGUCUUCUCCCCUCUCUCACUGACACAAGACAUAAAGACGAAAAAGAGACGAAGUGAAGAGAAAGAGGAGUCAAUGUUCAGACAUGAUAAAGGAAGAAAAAGAGACGAGUGAAGACAGAUAUAUCGCCUUGGUUGGAAAAGGCGAUAGCUUGGGUCGGAUACUCUGAGAUCAAGGCUUUUUCUGUAAGAUUGGACUCAAAAGAUAUGUCUUUCACUCUCAGAUUUAGUUUCGUUUUACUGACUUGGAAGCUGUUGAUGAUAUGUGGACAGAUCCAGAACUUCUCUCCCAUAUGGUGUCUGUUUCUUCUAAGCUCUAUUUAGGUCUUCACUUUGAAACCCUAGCUUAUAUGAAUCGCUGUAGCUGCGUUCUAUAUGUACGCACCACCAUGUUAGAAAUCAUCCAGUUCUCAUCCACUGUAAGCAAGGAAAGAUACAACAGGCUGUCUUGUGGGAUGCUUGAAAGGAAAGUUCAGAACUAGGUCUUAUCAUCUGGUCUUGAAGAAUACCAGAAGUGUGCAGGUUUGAAAUGGAGACAAAGAGAUUUAAGGUUCAUAGAGGAUUUUGCUGUGCUCGGAUUAAGACAAUGCCUAUACAACAUAAUCUAUCAGUACAAUGGGUAUGGUCUCAACAGGAGAAAGCUUAUGUAUCAAGAAGAGAAUGUUGUACAAGAACAACAUAAAACGCAAGCUACCAAAGGGUGAAAAGAAGCUAAACUGGAUUGAUAUUGUUAUCUUCCUCUUUCUAGAAAAUGAUUUCUUUACAUUUAACAUGAUGAUGAUUAUUCUUAUAAGUUUAGGGUAGUUGUUAAAAUCUUGAGAAAACAAAGGAUUUGACUUCGUUCUUUUUUUUAACAGCCAGA